CCAGUGCUCCUGACCGGUCCCCCUCCUUCUCUCUCCUCUUCCCGCUUUGGGUUUGUAGGGCCCGAACGGCGGAUCGUCCUGGUGGGCAAAACCGGCAACGGGAAAAGCGCGGUGAGCAAUACCAUCCUGGGAAGCCCGGUCUUCGAAUCCAAGAUGUCGUUCGGCUCCGUCACCCAGACUUGCCAACGGGCGGAGGCUGAGGUGAACGGCCGGAAAGUGGUGGUGGUGGACACGCCGGGCUUCCUCGACACGGCUCGUCUCGAGCGGGAAACCUCGGCCGAAGUGAGCAAGUGUAUCGAGUUUUGCAUGCCGGGCCCCCACGUCAUCCUGCAGGUGAUGCGCCCGGGCCGCUUCACCAAGGAGGAGGAGGAGGUGGCGCGCUUGAUCAAGAAGAUCUUCAGCUUGAAGGCCAAGGAUUACAUGACCAUCCUCUUCACCCGCAAGGAGGACCUGGAGGACAAAACCCUGGAGGAGUUCAUCACUGAAGGCAACGCGGUCCUGAAGGAGCAGGUGUACCACUGCGGCAACCGCUUCCUGGCCUUUAACAACAAGGCGAAAGGAGCGGAGCGCGAAGCUCAGGUGCGCCAGCUGAUGGCCAUGAUUGACGCGCUGGUGGAGAAGAACCGCGCCGCCCCGUGCUACACGGAGGAGAUGAUGAAGGCUGACAAGGAGCACUUGGCCAAAAAUCGGGACUUCUCCUAGCUGUGUCCUUUGCUCUGAUGGGGACGGCGGCGAAACGCUUGGGGCCCAGGCUCCAGGCGCCGUGACGGCAACUCCACGGAUCGUCUUUGACUCGGCACGGCCCGCUUCAGCUUUCCGCUUCCUCCUCCGGAACUCCCCCCCCAGGAGUGUUUCAUGGCAGAGUUUCCCUGAGCUGAUUCUGUCUCCCAAGAAGCUGG